UUGGCAAUGGAGAUGACAGCUCAACUGAGGGUCAUGAGAAGGCAGAGACAGAAUCCCAGGAGAAAUCUGAAGAAACCAAAGGAACUGAAGAGAUCAAAGAUAAUGAAGAUAAAGAAGAAGCUCUUUCACAGGAAUAUGGAUUCACCGUCAGAAUAAAGCCUCCUUACGGAGAUUCCUUCUCCAUACAGGUCAGCAGCAUGGAACUGGUGCAGGAGAUCCAUCAGCUGCUCAUGGAUCGGGAGGACACCUGCCAUCGCACGUGCUUCUCUCUGCACUUGGAUGGCCAGACCCUGGAUAAUUUUGCUGAACUCAAGACUAUAGAGGGGUUAAAGGAAGGGUCAGUGAUCAGGAUUCAGGAGGAGCCUUACACCGUCCGGGAGGCUAGAAUCCAUGUACGCCAUGUGCGAGACCUACUGAAGAGCUUGGAUCCCAUAGAUGCACUGAAUGGUGUCGACUGUGCUUCCCUCUCUUUCCUUAACACCGUGACUCAUGGGGAUGUUCUGGAGAAGAAAAAAAAGUCAUCUGAAUCAGUAGACUGUACCCCGCCAAAGUACAUCCUUCCAAACUGUAAGGAUCGCCAAUUAAUCCCUCUGCAACCGACAAUGAAGGAGCAGAAAUCACCACAGUGCCUGAAGGUUCUCACCAUGAGUGGCUGGAAUCCUCCCCCUGGUCCCCGCAAGUUGCAUGGGGACCUCAUGUACCUGUAUGUUGUCACCCUAGAGGGCAAGCAUUUCCACAUUACAGCAUCCACCUGGGGUUUCUAUCUUAAUCAGACAAGUGAAGAGGAAUUCAACCCCAGACCAGCUAAUCCUUCCUACUUGUGCCACUCUCUUAUUGAUUUGCUGAAUAUGCUGUCUGCUGCAUUUAAACGAAAUUUUGCCAACCUGCAGAAGAAACGCACAUCUCGUCAUCCAUUUGAACGUGUGGCCACACCAUAUCAGGUGUAUGCUUGGGCCUCACCUAUGCUAGAACAUGGGAUCGAUGCUUUGCGUGCAGAAGAUGCUUUUAGCAGCAAGUUAGGAUAUGAAGAGCAUAUUCCUGGACAGACACGGGACUGGAAUGAAGAACUCCAGACGACCAGGGAGCUUGCAAGAAGAACCCUUCCUGAAAGACUUCUGAGGGAACGAGCCAUUUUCAAAGUUCAUAGUGACUUUGUUGCUGCAGCCACGAGAGGGGCCAUGGCAGUCAUUGAUGGUAAUGUUAUGGCUAUUAAUCCAGGUGAAGAUCCCAAAAUGCAGAUGUUUAUUUGGAAUAACAUUUUUUUCAGCCUGGGCUUUGAUGUAAGAGAUCACUACAAGGAGGUAGGUGGUGAUGCAGCAGCUCAUGUUGCCCCACGCAAUGACUUGCAAGGAGUUCGUGUUUAUAGUGCAACUGACUUAGAAGGCCUGUACACUCUGGGCACAGUCGUUGUUGACUACCGGGGCUAUCGUGUAACAGCACAAUCAAUAAUCCCAGGUAUCCUUGAGAGGGAGCAGGAACAAUCUGUUGUUUAUGGCUCAAUUGAUUUUGGCAAGACUGUUGUUACUCAUCCUAAGUACAUGGAUCUGUUACAGAAGGCUGGACAACAACUCAAGAUAUUACCUCAUAAGGUAUUGAAUGAAAAGAAUGAAGAGAUUGAACUGUGCUCAUCAGUGGAAUGUAAAGGCAUAAUUGGGAAUGAUGGCCGUCACUAUAUCUUGGACCUCCUUAGAACCUUUCCUCCUGAUGUAAACUUCCUAGAACUGGAAGACGCUCAUCUUGGUCCUGCCUCCCGUGAACUGGGCUUCCCAGUCAUUCACAAACACAAACUAGCAACAUUGAGGCAGGAACUUGUGGAUGCAUUUGUAGAUAAUCGUUAUAUGAUGUUCCUGAAGUAUGCUGCACUCCAUCUUCAGCAGCUGAGUGGUAAAAAACAGGAAGCCACUAAACUUGCUGCUUUGAAAGAAAAGGAAGAGAAGGAAAAGGAUAAAGACAAGGACAAUAAAGAGAUUGAAGCUGAAGAAGCAAAGAAAAUUGUUGAAAAUGUGACUGAAAGCAUUGCUGCUGAGAAGCAGGUAGAAGAGAACACUAAAGACAUCAUCAAAAAAGCAGCUGCAGCUGUAGGUUCCCUGAAGGAGGCUGACUUUGACAUAAGGUUUAACCCUGAUGUUUACUCUCCUGGUGUACAACAUUCAGAACCAGAGGGAGAGCAGUUAAAGAAGGAGAGGAAGUUAGUGUGUGAUGCUGCUGAAUUUCUGGUAAGUGUACAGUUGCCCAGCCUUGUUCAUGAUCUGACUGAUCAUGCAGCUGCUCCCACAGAUGGGACAACAUUAUGUGAAGCACUUCAUACUAGGGGUAUUAAUAUUCGCUACCUUGGGAAGGUAGCGAAUCUGUUAGCCAAGGUUCCUGAAUUGGAUUAUAUCCAUACCAUAGCUGUUGAAGAAUUAAUUGCAAGAGCAGUGAAGCACAUUUUUACAAGUUACCUUCAGUCUGUAGAAACAAUAUCCUUGUCAUCUGCUGUCGCACACUUCCUCAAUUGCUAUUUGUCAUCAUGUACUAGUCCACAUGCUUCCAGCAAAAACGAUGAGCUUCUGACCAAGAGGAAGCGGAAGAAACACCCAUUUAGUAAUAAUGUUUCAAAAUGGUUAAACUUAAAUCCCAAGACCCUUUGGAGUCAGAUCAAGAAUGAACUCAAUGAAUAUUACGACUGGACUUUGAAAGCAGAUGGCAUAGAUACUGUGGUGCAAAAGUAUAAUGUACAGAAGGUUUCUCUCUUGAGAACCUUUUGUAUGAAGUCUGGGGUUCAGCUGUUCCUCAGGGAUUAUACUUUUGAUGAUAAAUCUCAAGAGAGUUUCCAGGAGGAAGAUAUAAUCAACUUGUUCCCCAUAGUGAAACAUAUCAAUCCCCGUGCUACUGAUGCUUUCAGUUUGUAUACAGCUGGUCAAACCAAGAUUCAGCAGGGCUUCCUGAAAGAUGGGUAUGAUUUGAUUAGUGAAGCUCUAACACUAUUGAACAAUGUGUAUGGUGCAAUGCAUCCAGAAAUUGCCCAAUGCUUACGCAUGUUGGCACGCCUUAACUACAUCAUGGGAGACUAUGUAGAAGCUAUGUCCUAUCAGCAAAAGGCAGUCUUAAUGAGUGAAAGAGUUAAUGGUAUUGAUCACCCAUACACCAUCACAGAAUAUACUCAUUUGGCUCUUUAUUGUUUUGCCAACCAGCAGGUCAGUGUGGCUCUCAAGUUAUUGUACCGUGCACGCUACUUGUUGCUUCUCAUCCAUGGUGAAGUACACCCUGAAGUGUCUUUGGUAGAUUCCAACAUUGGCCUUAUUCUACAUGCUGUUGGUCAGUACAGCCUUUCCCUCCAGUUCCUGGAAAAAUCCUUAGAACUCAACUGUAAAUUCUUUGGUGAUAAGAGUUUGAAGGUGGCACUGAGCUACCAUCUUGUAGCCCGAACACAAAGUUGUAUGGGAGACUUCAGAGGAGCCCUUAAAAAUGAAAAAGAAACUUUCACCAUUUACAAAUCUCAACUAGGACCUGAACAUGAAAAGACUAAAGAAGCAGAUGAGUGCCUUCGUCACUUGACACAGCAAGCAGUGGUCAUGGCUAAGAAAAUCUCUGAGGCAUACAAUGGUCGCAGUACUCUUGGUCUCCCACCCAUUCAGAUCCAACCACCGUCCAUGACUAGUGUGCUAGAGCUUCUCAAUAUUAUUAAUGGCAUCCUUUAUGUUCAGAUCACUCCUGCAGAGAUAGAAAGGGUGCGAGCAGAAUUAGAGAAGAGCCAUGCAAAGGCUCUAGAAGAAAAGUCUAAAACCAAGAGAACUCAAAAGACAAAAGGGAAGAACAAAGAACUUGAUUUGAAGAAUGAAGAAAGUGAUGCAAAGAGUGAUGAGAGUGACAGUAAGAGUGAAGAUGAUGAUUCAAAAAAGAUGGCCUCAGCAGAAGAGAGAGACGAAAGUGACAAUAAAAGUGAGGAAGAAACAGUUGUCAAGGCAAUUGAUAUUGAUAUUAAAAGUGAAGAAGAAGAAGAACCUGCAAGUAGGUGAAAGAUGUAGUCUGAAUAUGCACAAAAUUGUCUAGGUAAAUAUUCUGGAUCAUCAGCAUUUCAUGUGUACCUUUGGUUGAGCACAAUUGAUGGAAAGGAAAACAAGCUCAAAGAAAUGACCUCACUUUCAGCUAGAUUUCGCUAGCAAGACGAAGCCUUGGAUGAUCUUCCCAGAUAGCGAUAUGGGCUGUGAUUCAAGGCAUAGCAAUGCAAUCAGUGCUUCUCAUGUGUCAUAUGUUGUAGUCAGAUGUAGUUCAUGUAAUAUGUAAGUCCUAUUUUGUAUGAAGCUUAUAGUUUUGUAUAAAUAGUUGUUGAGUGUAAUAGGAAUAGUUUACAUUCCACUGUAUAGCAUAGGCCAGUGUAGUACCAGAAAUUAGACAGUUGCCAGGAUGCGGCAAAGAAAGCAGUUGAAGUUUUAUUUUUCAGAGACGUACCUGCUCAGCUGUUCAAUAACUGGUGAUACGCAUUAGGCCCCUCAACAGUUUUCAUUUUUUUUUUUUUUUACAUUUAUUUAACAAACAAUUUAUUUAACAAAAGGUACUUUCAAUAGAUAUCCUUUAACCUUUGUUUAAUGAUUGUGUAAUAAAGUGUAAGUAAUCUAGUCCCGUUGGUU